CUCGUCAUCAUUCGUGAUCGUGCACCAUUAAGGUUGCCUCCAGGACAGCAUCUCCAUACUAGCAUGUAUAUUACUUCGUUCAUCUUCUAACUGGUGUAAAAUUUCUUGAGUUCUAGGUUGAAUAAGCGAUUGACUUGCCAAUGGCGUCGCGUCCUUUGAGUGCCCCUGCUACGCCAGCGCCAACGCAGCUGCAAGGCUGGCGAACUCGGCGCAACGAGCAGCUGUCGUUCUUAGUGGCGUAUGAUGGCACGAUUCCGACUCGAAACGCGCUCAACCUGUGCACGGACUUCUUUCUGAAGCAUAAACCUGCGGCGACGCUAGAUGUCUUGCACGUGUACGAUCCGACGGUGCAACAGGGCUUGCCGUACGCGUCCAAGGCCAAGACUUUAGCGGGUAUACCCACAGAUUGAGACUCCUUGCGAGCCGCAAGGGGCCCACCAAACGUUCUAGUUUCAGGCAAGGGUUCCACGUCCUCCUCCUCUCAUCGAUGCAAGAACGUUGUAAGUAGUUGCUUCAACCCACCAACUAACCAAUUGUCUCUGAGGUGAACUCGACGGCCAUGCGUGUGUGUUGGGGCCGCACCGUUACAGGUCUCACGUGGUUGGUAAGAUCUUGGCGGAGGGAGACAGGGCCACGCUCAUCGGAAAGACGGUUUUGCAGUUCACCGAAAAGACAGCUGCAUUGGCGGCACAAGCGGCACCGGCCGCAGCAGCGACUCGACUACCGCGACCUGCGUACAUACAGAACCAAGUCGGGCUGGGGCAUUUGAACCUAGAAGGAGGAAACGUCACUUCAAAAGAGCAGAGUCAAGUAUCUAUCGACCUGACUGUGAUGGGCCACGUUAUCUUUCAUACCUUUGACUCCUGAGUAGAAAGUUUGGCAUGUGUUUAAAACAAAGGUAGAAAAGAGGGUAGAAAAUUUUUCGCGAGCUAAUUGUAGUUUGGCUGCAGGUUGCGGUUGCGUUUUUUUUGUCGCCACGAGAACAGCCAAGGAUAGUUCAGCUCAAGCAUGAGAGUUUUGUUUUUCUUUUUCGCGCAUCUAGAUAAAGAAUAUUUGGAAUACAUAGUUACUCCUCGUUUUUUCUUCUAAGGAACUCUCGCCAACCGGAGAAGAGGAACAAUUGGCUUCAAGUAAGUACGUCGACUUCCUGGUGCUGGGGUUUAAGGCAACUCGCCGAUUUAAGUCCGUAGAUGAGGUGCUCCUGUCAUCAAGCAUCCAUCACUGUAUGCAAAACGCCUCUUGUAGUUUGGUCAUAGUGCGGAAUCGCUUUGAUCCUGGGGCUUUCGCAAAACACAUGUCCGUGUCUGAAGUUCUCGCAAAAAGAAGAUUUCAAAAGUACACUUCUUGCAUACACGUCUACAAUUACACAUUGCAGUGUCGACGUCUGACUUCUUAGAUAGGUGUGACACAAGCUGAGAUUAUCACGUUGGGCGAUUCAGUCUGCGGAUACCGAUUCUGCAUCUUAAAUGUUACUUUGUAUAAUCUCCUGUUCUCAUCUCAAAGAAAUUGCUCCUCCUCUCGCCAGAUACGACUUUUUCGGCGGCACGGGCGGGGUGGAGAGUCAGAAUGACGCCGUGCAGCGCGAGAUUGCGGGGGAGGCUGAGGCCAGGAGCAGGGGUUGCCAUAUCCUCGUUUGCGUCGAUGGCAAUCCGUGGAGUGAGAAAGCGAUUAGCGAUGCUCUUCGCCUCUCUGGCAUCGAGAAGUCGGCGUUUAAUGAGGCGCGCAACGACAAGAUCACUAUUUUGCACAUAGUGAAGCCCGAAGUUGUUAGUAUAUGUAUGGCUAACAAGAUGGUUUGUGUCCUCGUUUAACUUGCUGUGUAGGUUUCCGUUGGCGAAAGCAAAAGAACACUCAAUUCGCUAGACCAAGGAGGAUUUGGAUUUCUUACAAUCUAUACAAAACUCUUUUUUUAAGCGAAAAGCAGCAUAGAGAAGAAAUCUAGCUUUUUUCAUCAAGCGUGGCGGUGAUUCCGCGCAGCAGACGGAGGACGGCGAGCGGCCACUCGAGACGCCCUACGAGCACCUAGCAGGAGGCUACGCUGGCACGUCCCGGACAAGCAGUAGAAGCGCCAACACGACGCAUAGAUCGGAGUACAAGUCGUCAGAGCAGUACUACCGAAAAAUGGUGGGGCGUUGGGUAGAGCGUAAUUUCCGCGAACAGCUGGUGAACGACGAACUAGCUGACGAUCGUAGCUUACGAGAAAGAGAAGCUCGAUUGUCUGUGCAGAGGCAAGCGGUGGACCGCGCUCGGGAUAAAGCCGAGAUACAAGAACUAGAGGCGCGCCGGACAGAGUGGGCGGACCGGGAGGUAAUCUGGGAGCAGGAGGAGCAAGCACGACAGUGGACUGCUAUUAAGCGGCGCGCAUCAACAAGCGGAGCAAGAACGACAGCCGCUGCUCCACCAAACAAGUCUUCCUCUGCGGCAGAGCAGGAGGAACCCGCUGCACGGCCUGCGACGGCGGCGAGGGGAUCUAAGAGCACAGUGAAGAAACCAGGAGAACUCAUGCGAGAGCGCGACGCACCUGUUCACCGUCGUUCCUCAGUGCGGCCCGCAACAGCCGCAGACGCAACAAAGCGCGCGGGCAGUAGCGUGGUGGGGAGUAGAAACUCAAGUAACAGCAAAGCGAGAAGUGAAAGCGACUAUCUCGUCGGAGGAACACAGCAGGUAACGCUAGAUGAUAAUUCAGGAGCGGUGUCUGUAAGCGGAGGUAGCACGACCGCACCCUCGUCAAAUGCCGGCUAUAGGUCUGACAGUGGCAACAGCUCUCUCGAUCCUAGCAGCAGCGCGGCAGCUGGCGCAGUAGGCGUGCGCAAAGUUCGAUCGGCCGUGCAGACACUGCGUCUGAAUGCGCGCCUGUGGACCAUCCGCAAGUCGCGGAAGCACCUCACGCGAGACGAGAAGCUAGCGAAAAUGUUGUCGAAAAUCGAGUUUCGCACGAAGGCAGCAACAGCCGGACGCUCCGUGGCGCAGGACAUACUGCAAUUUGCCGAGAGCGAGAAUGUCAACCUCCUCUGCAUGGGGACUGACGCGGGGCGACUGAAAAAACUGCAGUCCUAUCUCGGAUCGGUGGCGGCGCACGUACUCUGCGAGUCGGACAUUCCGGUUGUUAUAGCGCGCUACGACGAAAAAACGUUCUCUGGGCUCAUGGACAGCAAAAGUCGCGCCCAUCCUGCGGCGCCUGCUCCAUCCAAGUUGGAGGCUGCUACGACAGUUGGCGCAGACCCGCAACAGCGUUUGGCUUUUUAGGAGGAGCAUUCGCUCUCAUUAGUCAUCUGGUAAUGCUUAGUUUACAAAAGUGUGCAUGACGCCGCUAAAACAUUCUCAUGUGAAUUUUGAUUUUAUAGUUUGCUUUUCGUUCAUAAACUUCACCUUUUUCUUCUCCUCUUGACAAAACUGAAAAUGAACUAGAAUGUGCAUUUUCCUGAUCAUGCCAAUGAGUCAAAUACUAUAGUACAUCUUCAUACAUGUUCCAGCAACUCAGUGCCCUUGUUCGAGUCAUAGGAGACCAAGGCUAAGAUAGAAAAAGUAUACAUUAAAUAAAUCAGGAUUUUCAAGUUUUACCAGAGGUUUGCACAGUGCCUGCAAGGACAAUGGAACCUACUCUGGUAUGUAGUAGUGCUCUUACCUUAUUGUCCAUACUUUGCGAAUGUUGCAAAAUGUUGCAAGUAAACCAUCAUUUAUGAUGUAAUAGAUGAAAUAAAUCGAGAUAUUAUUUGUCCUGGUAUAUUUGAACUUGUUUCUGAGGGCUUUUUAACACAAAGAGCUCAUCCAAAUCCAGCAUAAAUAAUAUCAACUGCAUGGUGAUAUAAGUGACCGAAAGCUACUUCAUUGAAAUUCCGGUGGUCUGCGCUUUUACUGCGAUUGAGUGGUUGAAAUUCAUUGUCUUCGAAUCGCAUGCGCAUGUGAGACAUACCUCAUAAUGAAUGUUCACCUAGAUGUACCACAUCAGCAAUUUUGUCUGGCGCUCGGGCGGAAUGGAAAUGGACCGAUCCGUAUUAUCUUUCUCUGCGGCUGGUGGG